GUCAUGUUUCGGAUGAAUUUCUUCGUUCUGGGACUCUGUUUGGUCAUGAAUCGCGACUAUUUGUUCUAUUAUUUCAUGCCAUUAGUCUCUUUCUGGUUCACAGUGAUCUUCGUAUUCAUGAUUGUAUUCCCUCGAGUGAAUAGUCCUGUCGCCACCGGCACGGUUUCGGCCACGGCCUCUGCCACACCUCACCCCACCAAUAUCACAUCGUCCACAUUUAUCGAUACUGCGGACACUGGGACUCCCGGAUCAGAUGAACCAGCUCCAACUACAGACUUAAACUCCCUAGAGCAUACUCAUCCAUCCAACUCUGCAUGGUGUACGAACCCACCGGUUGACUCCACCACUGCCACGUCGCGAUCCACACUGUAUGUGCAAGCUCAGUCUGCUUCAUCCACGCCACGUCAGGCACAUCGUUACGAAUCUCCGGCCUCGAUUACCGAAUGUGAAUUGGUUCGUCAUUCCCGUGCGUUCACUGGUUCCACCAACUCCAUCAUGGAUAUCCGGGGUCAUCACAAAGCGCGUUCCGUUGGUGCACUGUCUGAUGUACGGCAGAUCGUGGAACUGGCAUGCCUGCCCCGUAAUCCCCGAUCUAAACCGGGCUAUUUGAAGAACGAUCAACCGUGGCCCGAAGAUUGGCUUCGACGUUUGCGCGUUCUCCGAUCCUCGACCGGUUGGGAUAGUGCCCACAAAAAGCCUCGGGGAAGAUUUGGCUGGUUCAGUCGCUUUCGUCAUGGUCUGUGCUGCAGUCUACGAUUGGCAGAUAUUCUAAUUGUGAUCAAACUAGUCAUUUUGAUCUGUGGCAUAGAAGUGUUGAAUCGAUCCGAUCAGCUAUUUCAACGUUUCUUCUUCUCUGGGCCUCAAAAACGUUUAUUUCAGCUUACUGCAGCCGCGCCAAACCUGAUGGAACCAUACGGUGAUGAUGUGAUCCGCGAAGAGCAAUUCUGGUAUCGUCGUUGGUCUCUUGAUCGUUACUCAGUUGUCUAUGGAAUGAUAUUCGCUCUAUUCUGUGAAUGGGCUCGUCGGGCUGGUUGGUUGGACGAUACAACACCAUGUGAUUUGGGUUUGAUUGCCUCGUCCAUGGGACAGACUGUGAGCAGUAAUUCAGUCUCUUCCUCAGACCAUCAAACCUUGCUUCCUGAAUCCGCACCAAAAGCCGCGUGUCGUUUUCCGUUCAACGGAACCAUCCCUACCGCACCGGGGAUGACAACCCAUCCGGCACAUUUUCUCAAUGCUCCGUUUCACAGUCUGGGACACGGUUAUAAUGUGUUUUCUCGCAUCACGUGUCGUCAGUUCACCGCAGCGACAGCCGUGAUCUUGGGCCUCAAUCCGGACGGUGUUAUGCAAUAUCACUCCCAGCUGAGACCUUGUAUGCUUCAGCAACUCAUCUUCUGUGGGAUGUUUCACGCUGAUCUCGACACAAGUCAAUAA